AUGUCUCAAUACGCAAGCUCAUCCUCAUGGACUUCGUUCUUGAAGUCAAUCGCUUCAUUCAACGGUGAUCUUUCCUCUCUAUCAGCUCCUCCAUUCAUUUUGUCGCCAAUCUCAUUGACCGAGUUUUCGCAAUACUGGGCUGAACAUCCAGAAUUAUUCCUGGAACCCUCUUUUAUCAACGAUGAUAACUAUAAGGAACACUGUUCAAUCGAUCCGGAAGUUGAAUCUCCUGAAUUGUCUCGUAUGUUAGCCGUCACUAAAUGGUUUAUUUCUACUUUGAAGUCCCAGUACUGCUCUCGUAAUGAAUCCUUGGGUUCCGAGAAGAAACCUUUGAACCCAUUUUUGGGGGAGUUGUUUGUCGGUAAAUGGGAAAAUAAAGAACGCCCUGAAUUUGGAGAAACAGUGUUGUUAAGUGAACAAGUCUCCCACCAUCCACCUGUCACUGCUUUUUCUAUCUUCAAUGACAAGAAUAAAGUAAGACUACAAGGCUACAACCAAAUCAAAGCCAGUUUCACUAAAUCGCUAAUGUUAACGGUAAAGCAAUUUGGUCACACUAUGCUGGAUGUUAAGGACGAAAGUUAUUUGGUUACCCCACCUCCAUUACAUAUCGAAGGUAUCCUUGUUGCUUCACCCUUUGUUGAAUUGGAGGGCAAAUCGUACAUCCAAUCUUCCACAGGAUUACUUUGCGUUAUUGAAUUUUCAGGUAGAGGUUAUUUCUCGGGUAAGAAGAAUUCGUUCAAGGCAAGAAUUUACAGGGAUGCUAAAGAGAGUAAAGACAAAGAAAAGGCGUUAUACACAAUAUCCGGCCAAUGGUCUGGUUCUUCCAAGAUAAUUAAGGCCAAUAAAAAAGAAGAAUCACGAUUAUUUUAUGACGCUGCUAGAAUCCCUGCAGAGCACUUGAAAGUCAAAACUCUGGAAGAUCAACAUCCUCUAGAAAGUAGAAAAGCAUGGCAUGACGUGGCUGGUGCCAUCAAAUUAGGCGACUUCAAUUUGAUUGCCAAAACAAAAACUGAAUUGGAAGAAACUCAAAGAGAGUUAAGAAAAGAGGAAGAGGCUAAAGGUAUUAGCUGGCAAAGAAGAUGGUUCAAAGAUUUCGACUACUCUCUUAUACCCGAAGAAGGCGCCCUGGUGCCUGAAAAGGACGACAUUUUCUUGAAACUCGGCUCCGCUCUAAAUUUAUCAACAAAAAAUGCCCCAAGUGGCACUUUAGUAGGCGACAAGGAGGACAGAAAGGAGGAUCUUUCAUCCAUUCAUUGGAGAUUUCAAAGAGAGUUAUGGGAUGAUGAAACGGAAAUUGUUUUGUGA